GGGAAUGUGAAUACUUUGAAAAAGUAUAUUUCUGUUUUAGGUUAGAUGGCCUCUCGAAGAGAUGUGUCUUUAAGAAUCCCCAUAGUAAAAAGUACUUUCAGGUUCGAUCUUCUCCAACUUUACACGUAAGACUGUAAGCUGUGAUAUUUUUAUUUAUUUUUUAUAUAUAUAUAUUUUGUAAUGGAUUUUUCUCAGCAAUCUCUAGUUUCUGGUUAUAGUACUAAAUAUUGUAGUUAUCCCAAUUGUUCUAACAAAUAUCUUAUUGUUAAAAAUUUCAAUUUUAAGAAUAAGUCUUUUUUUAAACCACCAUUAAAUUCAGAUAUUAAUCUAUCUUGGCGUUCUAUUUGUGAUAUUAAAAGUUCUGUAAAAACGUUUUAUAUAUGUGAGGAUCAUUUUUUAUCUUCAGAUUUUAUUUAUAAUAAGCGAAGGCCUCUCCUAAAAAAGGGAACUGUACCUGUUCCACUUCUUCAAGAAAUUUCUACAGUUCUUUCUACUUCUAUAAGUACUGUAAAUGUUCAAGUAUCUGAAAUUCCUAGUUCUAGUUUUUCCCAUUCACAUUCUAAUAAUUCAAAUAAUCUUAAUAAAAGUAUUAUCCAUUCCAAUGUUCUGUUAAAAAGUUCUGAUACUCUUUCUAAUGAUUCUACAGUUCCUAUUUUUCAUUUCAAUUCUAGUAUCUCCCAUGUGACUGAAAAUUCUCUCUGUGAUAAAAGUACAAAUAUUGAUAUUAUAAAAGAUUUUAUUAGUAAGCAAAAUUCCAAUAUUCUUAGUGAUCAUUCAUAUUGUAAAUCUUUAUCUUCUGUCUGUGAUAAAACUACAAAUAGUAAAAAUAAUACUGAGAAAAAUUCUUUGCUGUAUAAGAUGCAUCGAAAUGCUCUUUCUAAAAUUUCAAAGUUAAAAGCUCGUUGUCGAAAACAAAAGUCUGACAUUUCCAAUCUCCGUAAUAUCUUUAAAAAUGGAAAAUUAGAAGAAGUUUGUUCCAAUUUGAAUCUGGUUACAAGAAAUUUUAUAGCAUCCCAAUUGAGAAAUUCCUCUCGAAAAUCUAAUUGUAAAAUUUGGUCUCUUGACGAUAAAACUUUCGCUCUCUCUAUGUAUAAACGAAGUGGUAAACUAUAUCGUUAUUUGCAAACUCAUUUUUCUCUAUCUUCCAUUUCUACUCUGAAAAGUCUUCUAAGUAAAAUUGAAUUUGAGUCUGGUAUAAACAAAUUAUAUUUUGAACACUUAAAAUCUGUCUCCAGUGAAUUAAAUGAUAAAAAUUGUUGUUUAUUAUUUGAUGAAGUAUCUUUAAGUUCUGGCAUACAUUUCCAAGUAAAAAAACAAGAAUUUUGUGGUUUCAAGGAUUAUGGUCAUCUUGGCAAAACUUCUAAAAAGGCAGAUCAUGCUUUAGUUUUUAUGAUUCGUGGGUUGUCAUCUAAUUGGAAAGAGGUUGUUGCAUAUUAUUUCUCUAAAGGUACAGUUCCCACAUUAAAUUUAAAGUUAAUUAUUACUGAAAUUAUCUCUAAUCUUCAAAGUAUAGGUUUAAACCACGAACUGAACGAUCUCAUAAGAGUGCUGACCUACAUAAUGUCAAAGGGGAUGGGGUUGUCACAUGGCGGCUUCAAGGAGACUAUCCAAGUAAAGUCCAUGUUAGAAAAUUUUUAA